AUCGAACUUGUUCACGUACAAUAUACGAGUUAGGGGCUUAGGAAAAUGAAAAAAUAUUGUUAUUGGAAAACUGAGUGCUACUGCAAUCUGCACUUACCAUGCACAUCCAACUAAAGAGCUUACAGCACAGUGCGAAUUGUUAAUUAAUGCGCGCAUGCAACAAUAUAGCCCAUCGCAAACACAAUAACUACACAAACGAAUCCAACAUCAGACUUGCUGCAGCUCCCCCCCAAAAAGCAAAGAACAACAAAAACACCCAUAACGUAUUUGUGUAGAAAAUGUUCGCACAAACGGAAUCACACAAAACCAACUUUUUGGAGCAUACGAAGGCAGCCCGCGAAGAGCGCGCACUUGAGAAGCGACGCGAAGAGGCUGCCAUACUGCUGCAGGCGACUCUCAAGGGAUAUGCAGCGCGCUCCAAGUAUCAGAGACGAAUCAUCCAAGACUUUGAUGCACUUUUCGAAGUCGAACAGGGCGGAAAGGAGUCAGAUCUGCUGGCCGCUGUUCUGGUUUAUCCUGUGCUGCGUCGCUACCUGACACAAAUCAAAUUGGACAAAAAGGAUGGUCGCAAUCGAGAUCGCCUGGAGCACAUUUGUCGCUACGUCAACCGCGCUAUGGAAGUGGACAACCCCAAGCAGUCUUAUGCGGCGCUCUGUCUGCACAAGGAGCGCAGUUUGCCGUGGAUUGGGCAUAUUAAGCAAUUGUUAAUUAAUUGUCUGCUGCUGUUGCCGGAUCUCAAGCCGGAGAAUCAUGCUGAUAGCAUUUCGCUAGCGCUCUUUCUGCACACGCUCAUUGUGUUCACUGCCCCGAAAUCUUGGUCCAUAUUGCGUAAUCCACAAUUUGAGCGACUGCAACCGGCUAUGCAGAAGAUCUGCUGCAAUAUUCAGGGACAUUUGGUGCAACAUGGUUUCUACAAAACAAUGCGCCUCAUUCUGCUCCGAGGCACCGCUCGUGAGGAAUUGUCGGUGAAGCCCGUGACGCUCGUUGCCAUAAUCACACUCUGCCUGCGUCCGUUGAUCGACGGCGAUUACAGUCGCAAUUUGCUAUCGCAAUUUCUGAGCGAAAUACUCUCGGUGCCGGCACUCAUCUAUCAUUUGCAUCAGAGUGUGCCGCAGUGCAUCGAACAGUUUAGUUCGAUGUGGCUGCUGAAGCGUGCGUUGAGCAUAUCGGAGGAUUACCAGUGGUUCGAGGAGUUUGCGGCGAGCAUGUCGGGCACAAAGACUCUGGCAUAUCUCGGCAACAUUGUGAACAUGUUCAACAUUGACAAUUUGGCCGAAGCGAAGCUUUUGGCCUACCCGUUGCUAACCGAAUCGACUACAUCGCUGCUGGAAUUAAUACCCAACACGGUGACCACCACAGGCGUCUUCACCCAGUGGCACGAGCUUCUUGGCUGGCACACACCUUGUGCGGAGCCGGCACAGAACCAACACGUGGCGCUAAUUAAGAAACAGUUUCACAUGUUGUGGGAUAAUCGUUGCAUUAAGCUGCUGCUCGGCGAUCUGCUCAAGGAGAUCAACGCGAACUACGAGCGGAUUGAGUUUCAGUCGCCACAACAGCCUUCGACAAGCAAUUUGCUGCGACGUGCGCUGGAGCGCAGCUCCACACGUGGCAGUGGCUUGCUGGCCAGCGCUGCCGGUAAACAAACAAAGAUGCAAUGGCGCAGACUGGACAACAGCAAUGUUGUGCAGGUCUCACGUAUUUGUGGCAUGUAUUAUGCGGCUCUGAGCACAUUGUCGCAAAUGAAACUGGACAUUCUAACCGGCAUUUGCUACAAUGACAAUGUACUCUAUGACAUUUGGCUGCUGCUGACUUCGCUGGGACCCAACUGUGGCAUGAAGGAAUAUCUGGAUCUGCUCCGAUGCGAAACGUUGUCGCAGAAGCCACAAGCAGCGAUGCUAAUGCUCUUCUGUGACUGCAUGACGCACUAUGUGACCAUUCUGGAUGAGUACGAAAUGUAUACGGAACAGAAUCCUUUUCGCCUUAACGAUUAUGUUAUGCUCACAUAUUUUCUCAAUAAUAUGUUGUACAAGCUAAUCAACGACAACAUUUUGGGUGCCAAGAACAUUGUGCAGAAUCCUGUUUUUGUUUCACUGCACACGCUAUUACUUUGUUUAUAUCGUCGUGACUGUCGUCGUCCCUUUACACCACCCAAUCAUUGGCUUAUACCGGAGGUGAAGCCAUCGACAUUCAUCAACGACCUGGAAAAGGCCAAGAGGAAUGCAAUGCUGCUCCUGGCCAAGAUGCCGCAUAUAAUACCGCACGACGAUCGCGUCAAGCUGUUCCGAAAAUUCGUCCAGAAUGAGAAGGCUGUGAUGGGUCUGACGGAGAGUGCGUGUGCCUCGCCUCGUUCAGCGUUGAUUGUCAUCCACCGAGAGCGUAUCGUUGAGGAUGGCUAUCGCCAGUUGGCCGCACAGCCGACACAUGCCCUAAAGGGUGUUAUACGUGUGCGCUUCAUCAAUCAGCAGGGACUGCACGAGGCGGGUAUUGAUCAGGAUGGCGUGUUUAAAGAGUUUCUCGAGGAGACCAUCAAGAAGGUGUUCGAUCCAUCGCUGAAUCUGUUCAAAACGACCUCGGAUCAACGACUGUAUCCCUCACCCAUUUCGUACGUUCAGGACAAUCAUCUGCAACUAUUUGAAUUUGUGGGCCGCAUGCUUGGCAAGGCUGUCUACGAGGGCAUUGUGGUGGAUGUGCCCUUUGCCUCGUUCUUUCUUUCCCAGCUGUUGGGUCAAACGCAACAGGCGCUCUACUCCUGCAUGGAUGAGCUGCCCUCGCUGGACAACGAGCUCUAUCGCAGUCUGACCUUCAUCAAGCACUACAAACAGGAUGUGGCCGAUUUGAAUUUAACUUUCUCUGUGGAUCAGGAUGUUAUGGGCAAGAUUAUUACCCACGAACUGCAUCCAGGCGGCAAGGCGCGUGUGGUGAACGAUCACAACAAGCUGGUCUACAUCCACUACAUGGCCUACUUUCAUAUGAACACACAGAUACGCGAACAGACGCAGGCGUUCAAUCGUGGCUUUCGCAGCAUUGUCAAUCCCGAGUGGUUGUCGCUGUUCUCUCCACCGGAACUGCAGCGUCUGAUAUCGGGUGAUACGGUGCCAUUGGAUAUGAGAGAUUUGCGCAAGCAUACACAGUAUUAUGGGGGAUUCCAUGACUCACAUCGCGUUGUCGGCUGGCUGUGGGACAUACUGGCCAAGGAUUUCACCGAGGAGGAGCGCAAACUGUUCCUUAAGUUUGUUACCAGCUGCUCCAAACCGCCACUCUUGGGCUUUGCGCAUCUUGAGCCACCCUUUUCCAUACGCUGUGUGGAGGUGGGCGACGAUGAAGACACUGGCGAUACCAUUGGCAGUGUGAUACGCGGUUUCUUCACCAUACGCAAGAAGGAUCCACUCAAUCGGCUGCCAACCUCCUCGACCUGCUUUAACCUGCUUAAGUUGCCCAACUAUCAGAAGAAAUCAACGCUGAGGGACAAACUGCGCUAUGCCGUUAGUAGCAAUACUGGCUUUGAGCUAUCCUAAAAGUGGAGCAGUAGCUGUAGGAGCUGUGCUACAUAUCAAUCAAUACGUAUUGAGCUUUUGGUGUUGUUACCUCUAUUUUCGAUUCUUAUUUCUCUCGGUCCGCAGAUCUUGCUGAAAUGCUGUUGUACAUAUAUAUAUCAUAUAAGAUCACCAUUCUUAUCAACACCACCCCAACUACUUUUUAUAUUUUUAUCAACAUUUGCAUGUUGAAUUUUUUGUACUUGUAAGUUUCUGGCAAUUGUAAGUGCAUGUGUGUGUGUAGGUAUUUUGUGGAACACAUUUUAAAAAAACUAUAAACAAAUACAAAGAACAAUUAAUUAUUGCAAAUAUAUAUCUAUAUAUGUAUAAUGUAUAAACGUAUAGCUGUGAUAAACGAAUUAUAAUAAUAAACUAAACUAAACGACAAAUACACAAAUAACAAACGAAUUAUGAAGCUGAAUUGAAAACGUAUAAAACGGAUCCCAUAGUUAAUUUGAAAUUAUUAUAAGAUUAAACACAAUUAAUUGUACGUGGCUUGCGUGUGAUGAAUAUAUAAUCCACAUAUUGCAUAAGUUACAUGUAAAACACAAAAAACAAAAACAGAAAAAAAAGAAACCAAAAGAAACAGAAACAAUAAAUCUAAAUGUCUGAUUCAUGUGCAAAAUGAAAAUCGAA